UGUCAGUCGCGUCAGAGUCUUUCAUUAUAAAAUAAGGUAAAUAAAUACCACAAAUAAGUGCGUUACAAUCAGUGUGUAGAAAGGCCAAUUGUAUACGGUAGAAGAACAUCUGUCGAACGUCAGGUCGAGGAGUCGAGCUCCAGAGAGCGGUGACCUAAGCAACAGCUGGUUUUCUGGCAACGUGAACAAAGCAUACAAGAUCAACCACUCAAUCAGACUGUCAGGAUGGAUUUUGGUAAGCUGCUGACUAUUGCUCAGCAAAACAGUAAUUAUAAGCCCAAGGCAUCUUGUGAGGCCAAGUUAACUCCACCUAAGAAAGAGUCCAAGAAGUCUAAACAGUUGUCUGACAACAUCAAGAAGUUCCUGGCUAAGAGAGAAGAAGAAGAUAGGCUGAAGGCUUUGGAGGAGAAGAAAAAGAAAGAGGAUUUUUUGGCUCUGAGGGAUCAGAAGGCACAUAAUCGUAUCAGUAAGCAUUUAAAAGUCUGUAAAGCAGCCAAUAAAUCUGUUAUUGCUGAUGCUAUUGACAAUGAAAACACCGCUAUUACAAUUGCAGGACCAGCACAGUGUGACGAAGAUGAUUAUGGAUAUGUUUCUCAAGAAGCAUCUGCGUUGUAUGAUAAAUUGAUGAAUAAAUACAAUUCUCUGCCUCCGGAGAAGCCUUUAUUCAGUAAUGAUGGUAAAAAGAUUGUAAAAGAUAUAGCGUCAACAAAGGACAGAGUUAAACAAGCUCUGAAGCAACAAGCAAUUGAAGAAUCUCAACCGCACAGGAGGAAAAGAAGACAUAAAAAUUCUGAAUCUGGUGGGAAAAUAAAAGAUGAAAAUGAGUCUGAGGAUAGAGAAGGGGAUAAGGAAACAGAAAAAGAUAGAGACAGAGAGAGAGAAAGAGAACCAGAAAAAGAAGAAAAACCUCGGCCUAAAAAAAGACCCAUGCCCCCACCUUUGGAGUUUACAGAGCUUCUAAAAAUUGCCGAGAAAGUAAAGAAUGAGCCAAUUAAAAUUGAACCAAAACUAAAACCUAAUCCUGAUGCAGAAAGAUUAAUGACCAAAAAGCAAAUGCAAGAGUAUGCAAAAGAGAAAGAAUGGCGAGAAAGGAAAGAACAACGCCGUUUGGAAGGUCAAAAAUCAGCACAUACCUCAAAUGACAGUGGUUCUUGUAAGCCUUCGUCUUUUGUUAAGUCUGUAGUAAAGCCAAGCAGUAGUAAAACUGCUGGUGAUGUUCUCGAAAAGACUGCUAUAAAAUCACUGCCACCAAUUGCUAAAAAACCAAGUGACAGACCUGCUGAUAGGAGCAGCUCUACAAACAAGCCUAUUGAAAAGAGCAACAGUAUGCAAAGGUCCACCGAGAAAAGUAGUAGCAUGUACAAGCCUACCGAGAAAAGUAAUAGCUCAUAUAAACCAAUUGAUAAAAAUAAUGGCUCCUACAAGCCUACGGAGAAAACAAAUGGCUCAUACAAGCCCACGGAAAAAAGUAACACUUCAUACAAGCCCACCAACAGAAGUAAUGACGUAUCCAGGUCUGCAGAUAGGAGUAAAGUUCUAGAAAAAUCUUCCAACAGUAGCAGAACUGCCGAAAAAAGUAAUACUAUCACUAAAAGUGCGCCAAAAGUUUCUGAAAAAGACGAAAUAGCUGAGGAACGCAGAAAGUUGCAAGAAGAAAAACUUAAGUUGGAAGAAAUACGGCGUUCCAUUGAAGAGGAAAAGAAGAAACUUCAAAAAAUCAAAAAGGUUGAAAAUAGCAGGCCAAACAGCUCUGCCUCACAAAAAUCUGCAAGUGGCCACAAUAGUAGUAAGCUCAAAGAAUCAGUCAAACCUUCCUCAUCGUUAUCAAAGAGUGGUCCAUCCAAGCAAGUUUCGUCAAGUGCCGUAAAAACAAGACCUUUCUCACCAGCUGAUGUUAGACCAAGACAAUUUCCUCCUGCUGAUGUUAAGCCAAGACAGUUUCCACCUCCAGAUGUAAGACCAUUAAAACCAAAAUCUUCAAAACUCAAAGUAAAUAAGCGUCGGAUUUAUGAUGAUGAGGAUGAUUAUGAUUCGGAGUUGGACGACUUCAUUGAUGAUGGUCCAAUAGACGAACAUGAAGAUUACAGCAAGUACAUUAGUGAAAUAUUUGGGUACGAUAAAAGCAAAUACCGAGACUUCGAUGAUGAUGACGCUGUCAUGGAGAGUAACUUUGCUCAACAGUUAAAGGAAGAAUUUGUAUCUACCAAGCAAGGAAUACUGGAAGACUUGGAAGACAUGAGAAAAGAAUCAAUGGAAAAGAAACGGAAAAAACAGCUUCUCGAACAAUUAAAGAAAAAACGGAAAUCGUAACAAAUAUUUAAUGCAAGACAACCGCUGUUUUAAAGUAUCUGGACAAGUAAAAAAAAAUAUUGAUAAAUGAGUAUUUUUAUACGUCAUGAAUGAUAUUUCUUUGAAAGUACUUUAAAUACUUUUAUAAUCAAGUGUAGGAUGACAUCUAAACUGUAUUAUACGUGGUGUACAGAAAUAGUUUUUACUUUUUUCAAGGAAAAAAGAAUUAUUAACUGCAAUCAUGUUAACCAACUUUGCUUUCAGCUGAUACAUUAAAAUACUGAUUUAUACACAAUGAUGUUUUGAUAAGUUAUACUAGAUACAGAUAAAGUAUUUUCAACUAGAAUAAAAUUGAAAGCGUUUGAGAAGUUGUUAAGGCUGCAAAUAAAAAUAACGAGAGAAUAAAAAUCUCACAACCUAUACAGAUUUUUCAAAAUUUUAUUCAAACUUCAACUUAUUACACUUUGAAUUUAUUUCAAGUCACAAAAUUAAUCUGUAAAUUGAUAUAUUCAUUGAAGAAAAAUUGUAUACGAAAUUUUAAAACUUGAUUUAUUACUGUGAAAUAUUUUUAUCUUAGGGUCAAGUUAUCAACUUAUUGAAAUUCAUGAAAUUUUCCAAAUUAAAAUCGUUAAACACUUCAGAUGAAAUGCACAAGUGCAAUAAACAUUGCACGUUCCUUAACAGUCAUUAUUGUAACUGUUUAUUAAAUAUGUUUUUGACUUAUGUGAUAAAAGAUCAAAACUGUUCUUAGUUGUAUCGAAAUUGUUAACGACCAUUUAUUUUAUGGACGGAUUAAAUACUUUAUUGAAUUAAAGACAAUUAAGUACCUAAAUCUGCGUUUUUUAUUUAUAGAUUAGAAUUCAUGUAACGUAACAUUUCAAAUCAAUUUAAAAUUCAUCAAUAAAUAUACUCUUGCUUGUUGCACGAAUAAAAAUAAUAAGUGUUUACAAAAGACCCUCCCCGAACGAGUGUCAAAUUAUUCACCAAUAUACAUCCCAAGUGGCUGAUAUGUAUAGGGAAUCGAGUGAAUGUUUAGCUGCGUGUACACAGGUGUACAAAUACUACGAAUUCCGGCCAUUGAGACGUAUUACUCGUCUAGAUAGUCCCCGAGGAACGCACGUCAUCAGUUAAAAUAGUUAAAACAGCUAUGGUUAUUUUAGACUUAAAAAGUAAAGUUCGAUGUAAUGCAAUUGUAAUCAAAGCGGGUAAAUCAAGAGCAUGGACACUCGAAAUUUCUAAAAACACAAUAUUAUUCCCUUCCUUCAUUAUUGCAUAUGUUGCAUAUGUCUGGAAAAAAAAAAUGUUCAAACCAGAGAUUGGAUUAAAAAGA